AUGAGAAAGAAAAUCGGUAAUCAAGAAAAGGAGGGCAAAUCUAAUAAGUUGGUCGAAGCCUUGGAAGCGGUACAGUCUGACCUAGCAUCACUAAAGGAAGCUUUUAACAAGUCGCAGAUAUCCGGUAAAGAUGCAUCAAAACAAGAUCCAGAUCAGUGGAGCCAGUGCAAGAAAAAGAGUACUUUGUUUAAGAAAUGUCAAGAGUCAGGUGAGGAAAAAUGCAUUCAUUGUUACAAGCGUGGUUGGACAGAACAUUUCGCUAGGGGGUGUAAAAAGCCCCAGGGAAACGAAAGGAGGCUACGCCCGGGGGACAGGGAGUAGCCAAACAAACUCAUUUGUCCCAUGCCUGUGCAUUCUGUAAAGGAAAAGAGACUGAUAUACUGUUUAAACAAUGAAGUAAAUGCAAAUUUUUCCAGUAUUGUUCAAAACUGUGUCAAGAAAAACACUGGGGUGAACAUAAAACCUUGUGCAAGGAACUAUCACACUUAAAUGAACAAAACAUUAUAAAUAGAGAAGUUAAUAAAGGAACAUACGUAUGUAAUUUGUCGCCUAAAGAAGGCGCAACUGUAGCUCGGUUAGUUGGGAAAAAAUACACGGUUAAAUGUUUCCUGAAUGGGGUGGAGUCAACCGCUCUUUGGGAUACUGGAGCGCAGGUAUCCAUAGUUUAUCAUGAUUGGGUUUUGAAGAACUUGCCUAAAGCUCAAUUGCGUACUGUAGAGACCCUUCUUGGUGCGAGUCACCUAGAUCUAAAAGCAGCCAAUGGGACAACCCUACCAUAUGAUGGAUGGAUGGAUUGA